AUGGAUGAUCAAGCACUGAAACAACUUGCUCUACAAAAAGAAAAAGAAUGGUUAGCUGUUAUGCAAGAGCGACUAGCCACCUUAGAAGCAACUGUUGAAAAUAGAGAUCAACAAUUAGCUGAAUUAAAUCAAAAAUAUAAUCGUUUAUCAGAAGAUUUUAAAUACAAUUUAAAAUUAGUUGAUGAUCGAGAUAAAGAACUUGCAACAUUUGAUAAUCGUUUCAAAGAAAUGAAAAAAAUUUUAAAUGAAAAAAAUAGUGAAAUAUCAGAAUUAAAAAUUGUAAACGAUCAAUUAUACACAUUAAAAAAACAAAUUGAAUUACAAAUAGAUGAAGAAAAAAAACAUUUUUUACAUCGUUUAUCAAUAAAAGAAAAAGAUUUAUCAAAUUAUAAACAACAAUGUGAUCAAAUACUUCAAACAGAACGUGAACAAUUAGAACAAGAACGUCGAGCUAUUAAUCGUCGUCUUACAGAACUUGAAAAUGAAUUAGAAAGACAACGACGAGAAUUAACAAAUGAAUUUGAAACACAAACAAAAAAACUUGAAUAUGAUUGGAAACGUCGUCAUGAUGAUGUUAUCAAUUUACAACUUGCAAGUGAACUUAAAAGUAAAUUAUUAACUGAAGAAUUGGAACAACAUAUUCAAACAAUUCGUAAAAUAGAAUUAAACAAUAAUGAAUUGAUGGAACGUAAUAAAACUUUAGAAAAGUCAGUAAAAGAACUUGAAUGGCAAUUACAUGAACAAGAAGCUGUAAAAAAUGCAAGAAUCAAAGAACUUGAAUUGAAGUGUAGUAAUGUUGAUGGAAGACUUCAAGAACGAGAGGAUGAUUAUAGCCGAAAAUACAGUGAACGUGAUCGAUUAAUACGUGAAAAAGAUGUUAAAAUAGAACAGUUAAAACAAAGUUAUCAAGAACUUGAAGAUAAAUGGCAAAGUUCAAAUGAUCAAUGUUUUCAAUUACGACAACAACAAAAUGAAAAACAACGUGAAUACGAACAUAUCAUCCGAGAAAAAGAUGCUUCCUUAUCUACAUUACAAGAUGAAAUAAAUCAAAUAAAAAAACAAUGGAAUCAUCAAUUAACACAAAUAAGUAAAGAACAUGCCAAUGAAAAUAUUGAACAUCAUGCUUUACAAGAUGAAUGUGAUACAUUAAAAGCUGAACUUAAAAUUAAAGACAAUCAUAUUAAUCGAUAUAAAAAAGAACUUGAAGAUGCUUUAGAUCGUGAACGUGCAUUAGAAGAAGCAAAAGCACAAUUAGAUAUUGAUUGGCAAAAAAAACUUAAUCAAAAUCAAAGACAAGAAUAUCAUAAAUCUGAAGAUCUUAUUGAAAAAUUAUCUAGUGCUCAUGAACAGGCUAUUGCACAAGUAAAAAAAUUAGAAAAUGAUAUUAGUUUUAAAGAUGAUUUACUUAAAGCUUAUACAAAUCAAUAUAAAUCAAAUGGUGGAGAUGCUGAUGCUUUAGUUGUCUUACAACGUGAAAAUGAAAAUCUUCGUUCAGUUAUUUCACAAAUGCGACAACAAAUGGAAGCACUUGUAAAUGAUUUACCUGGUCAAACAACAUCAGGACAAUCAAAUUUAAUUGUUGAAUUACAAAAUGAAAAUCAAACAUUACGUCAGCAAAAUCGUGAUUUAAUAUCUCGACUUGAUUCACGUCAUUCAAAUCUUGAUAUUGAUCAUACAGCUGUUAAUAAUGAACUUAAAAAAAAUCCACAAUUAAAUAGUUAUGUACAAUCAUUGAAUAACACCAUCGCAACUCUACGUACGGAAAAAAUGCAACUUGUAUCUCAAGUGCGAAAAUUAGAAGGUCGUUUAAUUCAAAUAGAAAAAAAUCAUGAUAAUUUUCAACGAGAACUUCGACAAAGACAAUCACGUAUUGAUCAAUUAACAUAUCAAUCAAAUGCUGAUGAUCGUCGUCAUCAAACUGAAUUGACUAGUAUGAAACAAAAAAUGAGUGAUCUUGAAGUACUUCUAUUAGAAACAAGACGUGAAGCAGACGAAUAUCAAAAAUCAAUUAUUGAACGAAAUGCUGAUGUUGCUGAACUGGAACGAAAGGCAUGUUAG